AUGAACAACUCAGCAGCCGCCAGCGCACCGCUGGAAAUCUGCAUAUUGAUUUUUGAUGACCUUCAAACCGACCGCCCGACGCUCCGAUCUUGCAUCUUGACGUGCCGUGCAUGGGUCAAUGCUGCACGGAUCUACCUCUUCAGGACCGUCAAUCUCACCAAGAAAUCGUUUCCCGAUUUCAGAGCCAUCGUUCAUGGUGCCCCCGCUGUUGGCCUCAGUGUCCGCGUUUUGCGCCUCGAUGUCAACGCGGACCCACAUUUUGAGAUUCUCCAACAUCUACCCAACGUCACACAUCUCACUCUCAGCGAUUGGAUUCUCAAACAUGAAGUCAACGACGUGCUAGCAGCACGUCUGGGCAAGCUCAAUACCUUGGAGCUCGAAGAUUUCAACAUCAUGACUACGGAGCUACCGCGCAUCCUGUCAUCUUGCAAAGAGCUCUCCAGUCUGUCGCUCCGAGAAGUCUACUGGCCGCUCUCCUUCAAGACUGGUCGCACUUGGUUCACGAAAUGGAGUCGCCUUCCCUCCGACGCAGUCGCUCUUGUCCCGGAAAAAUCGCUGCGCGUUCAAAGUCUCUCAGUGUCGGCUUGCACUAAGCUCGUCUACGAUUUGCUCAUACGUGGGGCAACCCUCGGCCCAUCCCCAUGCCUCACGCUGACGAACCCCGACCCCGACACCGAACAUGUGCGACGCCUGUUCGACCACUGGGCUCCUUCGGCCUCGAGUCUCAAGCUCAGUUUCAGGGACGCAAGAGAAGAACCUCCCAGCCUCGCUGUCAGCACCGAGUUGCUCUCGCUCACCCUCGAUCGCACGCCCCUCAAGUAUACCGAGGACCUCAGAAAGCUGCCUGCCUGGCUCAGCAAGGUGCUGAAGAGCGUCGAGUCCUCUCGAUUCCGCUAUCUCAGAGUCAUCGUUACCGCAGGGUGGCUGCCGAAGGAUCUUCCAGGACCGUGGCAGCCCGUACUCGCUGAGCUGAGCAGGCUCGCGUCGCGUUCGGGCGGCGUGGAGUUCGUCUUCGAACUCCGGGCUAUUACCAAGGACGCUAGCAAGAUCAAGUCGAUGCAAGACGAAUUGGAGACGGCGCUGGUGCCCAAGCCUCCGUCCUCCCUUGACGUUAAUAUUGUAGUUAUCGCGGACAAAAAUAGUCAUCGGGGGUGGGGGUCGAAGGAGUGUGGCAUCAUCUGUACAUUUGUACUCGUCUGA